AUGUCCAAGAAAAGACCAACUGAAAGCUCCUGGGAUAGCGAUGAGGAGCUCUUGAAUGACACAUCUGGAAGUGCAGUUACAGCCUUUCCAAAAGCAUCAGAGCUUGAUCUCCUUGGGGAUGAUGGUGAGCUGGAUGAAGAUGCCCUGCUGGGUGUUGAUGAGACAGGCACAAAAACCACCACCAUAUCAUUUAAUAACGAUUCUCUAUGGCCACUGACUACCAGGCAGAGGUCCAAAACUUCAAUUAGUCAUCAGGAGCAGGUUGCUGCGAGCAGUGAGCAAGCAUUUGUGUUUGAAGAGACAGACACUGCUGACUUAGAAGAUGAACUCAAUGUUGGAGGACAGGAGGAGGACGGGUCUAGUUACCAUGUGGAAGGAGAUGAUGGCUAUGGGACAGGUUUAUACCACCAGGGUGAUGAUAGCAGCUCUGCAGAUGUGAUUGGUUCUGGUGGUGAUCGUCAUGUGAACUUUUCAGUCCACGGAAUGAACACAUCUGAUAGUAGAGAAAUUGGCUACAUUGCUGAUCAGACAUCAUACACUGAUGAGAAUGGUGCUGAAUUUGGAGACGUCUCAGCCAGUGGAGACUACAUUGGGGAAGCAGCUCAUCAAAGUCAUGAGGAUGCGUCUGGAGUGGAGUUGGAGUAUGAGCAGCCUGUUGAACAUGAUGAACAAGUACAUCUGGAGUAUGAUGAUUCACACAAUAUAGACCAUGAUGGCCAUAUGGAGUCUGAAGAGCCAAAACAAAAUUAUGAAAGUGAAAGUGACAGUGAUAAUGAAAAUUCUCGCCAUAAUCGGGGGAAGUUUACAAGUGAGAGAACUGGAGUUAUCUCAUUAACCACCCCAACAAACGCAAGAGAGGCGAUACCAGAUACAUUAGAAAUUAAUGAAGAACAGGCAGCGCAGAUUGAGCAGUUCAUGUCUGAUAAAACUCAACAAAAGGGCAAACAUAAAGGCAGAAAUCAAGGCCGUGGUAAUGCACACAGCCGUUUAGGCAAUAAACCUAAUAAUCGCCCUCAGCAGAAUACUAAAAUGCCUAAUCGCCCUCAGCAGAGUCCAAAAAUGCCUCAGGGUUUAAGGAUGGGCCAAUUUCCUAGAAGUAUGGCAAAUCAGAAUGCUCAGAUGGCAUUCCCUUUUCCAGGUGGUCCAUCGAAUAGGGGUCCAUUCCCAGGUGGCUUGUUAAAUCCUCGGGGUCCUUUCCCCAUGAGGCUUUUGAAUCAACAAGGGCCAUUUCCAGGACCACAGAACAACAGAGAGCCUUUUCCAUCGAGAUCUGGUAACCAAAGAGCUUCAUUUGGAGCUGGACCUAUGAACAUGUUGAUGGGUGGACCACAGAGGGGUCCUUUCCCACAUUCGCAGAAUAGAUUCCCAGGACCCCAAAAUCAGAGGGGACCUCCCAAUCAGAGGGGACCUUAUCCGGGCAACUCUCAGCCUCAGAAUCUACUUAACCCUCAGCAGAGGUCUCAGCAGAUGCGUGGACCACCGCCAAAUCAGCUCAGACCCCAGAGCUCAUUUAAUCAGAGGAUGCCAAAUAACGCACAGCUAAGACAACCACCUCCACAGAUGAGGCAGCAAGGCGGUCGAAUGACAGGUCCAGGCAUGGCAGGACCCAGGCCGUUUAUGGGACAAGCUGAAGCUGGUAUGAGAUUUGUUAGAGCUGUUCGUCCUUCAGCAGCAAAUCAGCAGGGUCAGCCGAUCCCACCACUUUUAAGACCUGGCAUGAAUCUGGAGAAGCCGCCACAGGGAAAUCAGCAAGUCAGGCCGGCUCAAAUGAAUCCUCUUAGACCUAGGUUCAUGGUCAGGACACCGCCAUCUGGUGCACCAAUGAUGAAUGUACCAGUGUUCCAAGAUAACCACCAGCAGUCUCCCAUGGGUGGUCAGGGUGAUGUUCAGACUCUCAGAUCCCAUAAGAUCUAUAUUAACCCAAGAUUCCAGGGUCAGCAGACACCUGCUGGAGAUCCUAAUCAAGGGAGAACUGUGAAAAUGGGAGCGCCUAUUCAACAGAAAGCCAAGGUGUUACUGGAUAGGGCAAUCCAGAUCCAGAAUAAACAAGCACAGCCAGGACAAGCAGCUCAAGCUGGUAUGAAGCGCAAGUCUACAGGGGAAGAGGCUGUGCCUAUCAAGGUGAUCAAGCCUAACGUCAGCACUCCUGGCAAGUCAGAUGUGACACCCACCAGAGUUGUUCAAACUGGCAGUGAGCCAGUGAAAGAGGAUCCCCAGAAAAUACAAACUCUUUUAGACGAGCAGAAACGACAGAGAGAAAUGAUUCAGAGGAGAAAAGAACUGGCAAGGCAGAAACAAGCUGCCCUCAAGCGAAUGGAGUUGGAAAAACGGCUGAAAGAGGAAGGUAAAACAUUAGAGGACAUAAUGGGAACUUCAAAGGCUGAAGGCACAGCAGAACAGCAACAGACGCAACAAACUGUACCUCCUGCUAAGCAGAUUAGUGGCUCAGUUGCAGCCCGUUUAGGACCACCACCUUCUCAGCAACAAAUCAGAGGUCCGCCUCCACAACAGCAAGGGCCGCUUGCAAGACCUGCUAUGACAAGGAUAAGGACACCUUUACCUCAGAAUGCUUCUUCAGCCUUCCAGAGGUCCCCACAGUUUUCAGUUCCCCAGCAGUCUCAGAUUUUGCAGGUUAGAGCACCUGGGCAGACUUCUGCCUUUCCUAAUCGGCCUCCUUUACAGCAGGAUCCUAGAAUGAGAGGACCUCCACCAAGUAAUGAUUCAAGACACAGAGGACCUCCUCCAGAUAACUUCAGAUUUACAGAACCGCCACCAUCUACAAACAAACCUAGGUUUCCACCUCCUGCAGUGAACCAGUUUCAAACCCCUCCACCUAAUUUUGAUACCAGAUUCCAGGCACCACCACCAUCACAGGAUCAUUCAUUUAGAGUUCCCCCUCCAACUGCACCUCAGAGAUUAAGAGCUCCUCCACCUGUGGCACAACCUAAACUACGGACUGUCUCACACCAGACGACCUUGCAGCCAUCUACUGCAGCUAGCCAUACUGUUAGGUACACAACUCCACCACCGGCCCCCACACAAACUGUGAGAUUCCAGGUAUCUCUGUCAACACCACCACCACCAGUACCAACUCAGCCACACACACCCCAGCAGUACUCUACACAUUACACCCCAGCCAGCGCUCCAGUUUCUCAGCCACCCAGCCAUUAUUCCCAGCCCACCCAGGCAGAACAAGCGAUGUACACCACACCUGUUCCACAGUACCCUCCACCCUCUGCCAGCUACCAGCAUUCAACCUACUCUCACACUGCAGAGCAUCAGUAUGAGCCCAGUACUCACCAGCCGCCUCCCGCCGCAUCAUCCCAGACUUACUAUCAGCCAGCAACGUCACAGUAUCACCAGGACACACAGCACUUUCAGGCUUCAGGGACGCCUCAGUACCAGGUGCCUCCGGCCCAGACACAGUACCAAGCUCCCCCAGCGCAGACCCACUAUCAAGUCCCUCCACCACAGACCCGCUAUCAGCCUCCUCCCACUCAGCCUGCUCCCACCCAACCUCCUUCAACUCAGCCUCAGUACCAAGCUACACAGUACCAGGCGACCCAGUACCAAGCUUCCCAGUACCAGACUACCCAGCAGUACCAAACUCCCCCAUCUCAGCAUUAUCAGAGUCCGGCUUUGACAUACAGCACUCCAGAUCCAAACUAUGAUCAGACAGGUGUUGAUUACUACAGUGAGCCUCAGCAUAUCCAAACUGUUACUAGUCAGGUGACUGCAACACCAUCCCCUGUUGGUGACCAGCGUACAGUUCAGCACCAGAUACCAGUUGGCCAGCGUAUUCAGACAAUAGGGCAGCGUGUACAGCCUGUUUCAGGAACUCAGAUACGUUCAAUCAUUCACAAUGUGGCUGCACAACAUAGCCAGGCCACGAAAGAUCCAUCAGCUCAUCUGAUUCAAUCCCAAGCUGCAGUAAGCAAGGUUGCAACAGAUCGGCAAGUGCAGGUUUUAGAUGGUCCUCAGAAGAUCCUCAUACAGAAUGUCCCUGCCAUGGCUACCAAGGAGACCCUCAUCAAAAUCUGCAGGCAUUUUGGAACAGUUCUGGGAGUGAACCUGAUGUCAGAACAGCAGAAAGCAGUGAUACAGUUCCAGAAGGGAGAACAGGCUGCCAAAUGUGUUGCUAAGUGCAAUCAGCGAUGCCUGCAUAAAACAAGACUUACAGUAAAGCUGUUGCCAGGUUGA